AUCAUGAGCUCCAUGCAGUCAAACUCUUCUGCAAAUGUAACCUUUGUUCGUCCUGCAACAUUUUUCCUCAACGGCUUUUCUAAUGUUCCAUAUGUGAAAUACUACUAUGCAUUCUUGUCUUUGGUGUAUGUUGUGACUGUUUUAGGGAAUUCAUUUAUCAUGUAUAUAAUUUAUUUGGCCCGCAGACUUCACACAGCCAAAUACAUGGCUGUUUUCCAUCUGGCCCUUUCUGAUCUGUGCGGAAGCUCGACUUUGAUUCCAAAUAUCAUUGACACAUUUUUGUUUGACCACCAUGACAUUUCAUACGAAGUGUGCUUCGUAAAUAUGUUUUUUGUAUAUCAUUUCAUGAAUCUGCAGUCUUUGACUCUACUUGUCUUGUCUUAUGACAGACUGGUUGCUAUUUGUUUUCCUCUACAGUAUCAUGCAAUUGUUACCAAAUCAGCCAUGUUUCUGAUCAUAGGAGUUAUGUGGAUUUUAUCUGGGACUUAUUUUUCUGUACAUGUGGGUUUGCUGAAUAGACUUUCUAUUUGUAGUUCUAAUGUGGUUAAUAGUUAUUUCUGUGAUUAUGGCCCUGUCUGUAGACUAGCUUGUAAUGAUAAUUCCUUAAAUUUACUGAUGGGAAAAAUUUGCCUUGGUUUUCUGAUUUGUCUGCCUCCAAUACUGAUCUUCAUUUCAUAUAUCUGCAUUGCUCUGGCUCUGCUUAAGAUUGCUCAUGGUGCUGAACGAAUCAAAGCCAUAAAAACCUGCACCUCACAUCUCAUUUUGGUGGCAGUUUUUUAUCUUCCACUUGUAGCCAAUAAUAUUGCAGCUGCCACAGUACCGAUCCAUCCAAACUCCAGGUUAAUUAACAAUUCCUUGACUCAGAUAGUACCACCUAUGUUGAAUCCCAUCAUAUACACUCUAAAGACAGAGGAGGUUAUGCAAUCCAUAAAAGAACUGUACAAACGAAGCAAGGUGAACACUACUCAGGAAAGAAAUAUGAAAUUAAAUUGA